AAGUAUUCCUUCUACAUAACACCAUGAAUCACUGUCAAAGUACACGGGAUGAGCAAAGUAGAGCAAUUGCUAGAGAAGAACAAGGCCAAAUUCCAAGAGUCAAUUACUCAUCCUCUGACGAAUGAGUUAUGCGAUGGAACUCUUCCGGAUUACAAGUUGUACACCUUUCUGGUCCAAGAUUUGCAAUAUUUCCACAUUGCACUGAGAAUCAUGGGGAAGGCACUCUCGUUGUGUACCAAUGGCGAUUCGUUGGUGGUCUUGGGCAAGCAAGUUGCACUUCUAGCUGGCAGAGAGAAUGACUAUUUUGACAUCACGAUGGGCAUCUUAAAGGAGACGUCGUUGAAAGAGCUCCAGGAGAAUAUCCCUCUGUUAUUGACAGACUCACCAGUGAGACUGCUUCAAGUCAAGUCGUAUAUCCAAUUCAUGGAAAAGCUGAUCGAUAACGUCACCUGCUAUGCUGAGAUCAUCACCUAUAUCUAUGUUAUGGAAAAGGUGUAUUUGGGAUGGGCUCAGUACAACAGUGAGAAGCUUAAGUCACAGCAGAUAAAACUGGCAUACAAACACCAAGAAUGGAUUGACCUUCACAGUGGUGAAGAGUUCGAAACUUGGGUCGAGUUCCUAGCGAAUGAGAUUGAGAGGGCAUCUACAGAGUGCUCUCCAGAGCAGUGGGCGAGAUGCAACGCCAUAUUCGCUGAAACUGUACAGUUGGAAAUCAACUUCUUCGAAGGGUGCUAUAACUUCAAGGGUUAGAGAGCAACUUCACAGCCUAUAACAAGAUAUCAACAAUGACUAGUUUCAGGAAUAAACAAUUAUAGAGCUCUAAAUAAAAG